GAACCAUCAGAUAGUAAUAGAGACAAGCAUAUAACUUUCAUUCUAUUAUAUAUAGAUAAGUCUAGGACACAACACAAUCAUCGAUACAUUGUUAUUGCUUGAGAAAAAUUAAUGGAUCGCUGCAUUCCAUUUAAGAGAAGCAGGAGCUGGUUUAAAGACUUCCAAUAUGACCCAAUAACGGACAAGACGGUCGAAGUCCGAAACAUUCUGUUGAUAGUUGCAACUCUAAUUGCAGCAGUGACUUUUCAAGCUGGGGUUAACCCUCCUGGUGGUGUUUGGCAAGAUGAUAUGAAAAAGAAUCAGACUUUAUGUGAUGAAAAAAGUAAUCAGGGAUUGCCAUCUGACCCUUCAUGUGCUAUAAUACAUGCUGCAGGGACGGCCAUUUACGCGUCUCAAACAAACCCCUUCUAUGUUUUCAUGGUUUUUAACACUGUGGCACUUUCCACUUCGGUUCUUGUCAUUAUGUCUCUCACAUAUAACUUCCCUUUCCAUUUAGAAGUAUUUAUUGCCACAGCUUCAAUGCUUGUAACUUACGGAUCGGCCAUAUUUGCCGUCACACCUCAUGCAUCUCAUGGAUUUCGGUACGUCCUGACUGCAGCUGCUUUUCCUUUUGUGCUACGAGGUUUGAUUUAUAUGGUCAAGUGGAAAUUUUGA